AGCCGCCGCUACCGUACAAACGCGGUCGAGGACUUCCUAUCAAUGUCGCUACCAAGAAUCUUGAGGACAAGGUGGCUGCCGCUGGACCCUGGUAUAAUCAACUAUCCUGCGGAUGGCCAGAAGGGCAUAUCUUAAUCUCCAGCUUCGAACAUUAUAUCAGCACUGAUGACUCUGAAUUGACAGGGGGACAUGUAUCGGACUCUCUGUAGGAACAACAGGAAGGGGCUGUGCCCCAAUGGGAGCCGCUGUCCGAAUGAUAAUUCUAUUAUCAAGACGAUGCGCAGGCAGCGCAUCGCGGGUCGUUGCGAAAGUUAAAGUUCAUCAAGACAACACAGGCCCUUUCAGCGCUCCCGCGAUGUUACUCGUCCCCUUAUUUUCUGCGGACUGGAGCCUGGACAGGGCAUUGCGGAAGAUUGAGUCGAAGAUUGCGAGGCAUGAUUCCUGCGCUUUGAGAACCAUCCCUGGUCGAGUUUCCAGCGAAAGUCCGCCGCCAUGUUCUGCAGUUCAAGCGCCAGCUCCAGCUGAUGAAUAUUAUGGAACAUCGAAUGGCAUUCAUGCCAUGUACGCGAGGCUGGACGUAGCGGAGCCUAAUCACUGCGCACCAGUCAAAUGUCAUAUGCUACAGAACGAACGAUGUUCGAUGGAGCCGAGGCACGCGAAUAAGCUCCAUAGAAUUGACUCCGUUGGAAGUGGCCGACUAUAAGGGCUAUGCCCGUGGCCUUAGCGAACACGAUGUAAACCAAGUCAAGCCGUGUAUUAGCGAGUGAGAAUAGAGUAUCUACGCGUAGGUUUUUCUGUCGCCCUCGGCUAAUUCCGAUCGGCUGCCAGUUCUUGGUGGCGCUCCUCGGUGGCUAACUCCAUUUGGCCUGCCAUACCCUUACACCAACCGACGGCACGCUCAAUGCGUCGGGAGG